AUGUGUGCCUUCCACAUCAAGAAUCUCUUCUCCUACUCGACAUUGGAUACUGACAAUAAUCCAAUCUUGGGCAAACGAUUGGAUGAAUCUCCCAUUCACUACUCACACUUUGUUCCAGAACAACAACAAUUUGGUAUCUCUCUGUUGGGAGUGAGAGGUUCCGGUCGAACCACUCUCAUGUUUCAAUAUGCUAUGGGAGUGUUGAAGAAUGAUCCCGAUACUUCUAGUACUGUGAUGAUUCUGUUGCAUCGAAAUUCAUCACCACCUCUUCCGAUAUUUGAUGAGGAGGAUCCACAAGUUCUCAAUAUGCUGAAGCGCAUCGAAGUUAAAUAUAUUGAUACGUAUAAUUUAUUGGUAGCCUUCUUAGCCAAUAUUCAAUUGUUGGAUGACAUUUCUCUGCCUCGAUAUUUAUUUGUUGAUAAUUUAUCAGCCUUCUUUGCUUCUCAUCAGAAGGAUAAUCCACAUCUUUCCAUUAUUAAUGUGUUGAAUGAUGAAGAGGAUGGAGGAGAGGAAUUUAAUUUUGCUCUCCUACCAGAGAAUAAUCAACAACAAUCCACCACGAAUCAACUCUUUGGUAGACAAUCAACAACAACAACAGCCCAAUCAUCUAAUAACAAUCCAGGCUUGGAGGCUCUUCAUAUUAGAGCUUUUGCUCUCCUUCAGAAUGUCUGUGUCUUUCUUUCAAAGAAGUUUCCAUCAUGUUAUCCAAACUUUAUGGUCACAGACUCGGACGAGACUUUUCCAUUCUACUCGAGAUGGUGUCCUAUUGUUGUUACUAUUGAUCAUUACAGGGAGGAAAAUCAACAACAACCAAUAACAAAUCAACAAAAGAACAAAUCUUCUUCCUUCAUUGUUAAAGUUUCAUCAAUUAAUGAAGUGAAUGAUCCGUAUCGUAUGAAGGCUGUUUUUCAGCUUUCUGAUAGUGAAUGUUUGUUGAACAAGUUAGAUUUUGCUCUGCCAGCACUUUAG